AUGGCGAUGCAGGCUGGCAUGGGCGUUUCUAAGAUCCUCAUCUUAGUCGGAGCAGGGUAUACUAGUACGAUCCUGAUCAAGAACGGUAAAUUAUCUGACAUAUUGGGCGAACUUCAGAAAUUGGUGAAAGGUUAUGAACCACAAGGAGAUGAAUCCAAAGGCGACUCCGACUAUUCUGAUGCCAUCGCACAACAGGUUCGUCGGCUAGCGAUGGAAGUCAAACAAUUGGCCUCAGCACGACAGAUAACUGUUCUGAAUGGAAAUUCUAGUGGUAACAUGACGUCUCUCAUAGUACCAGCUGCUGCUGUGGGGGCCUUGGGUUAUGGAUACAUGUGGUGGAAGGGUCUGUCGUUCUCAGAUCUUAUGUAUGUGACAAAGCGUAGUAUGGCAAAUGCUGUUUCAAACUUGACAAAACAUUUGGAGCAUGUAUCCGAGGCGCUUGCUGCGACAAAGAAGCAUUUGACCCAGAGAAUUGAGAACUUGGAUGGAAAGUUAGACGGACAGUUGGAGAUGUCGAAGUUAAUUCUGAAUGAUGUAAAUUUGCAAGACUGA